GAGACCGAGAGAGGUUUGUCCAUGAAGCAUGCAUGUUUAUUGUCGUAGUUGAGGUUAAUCGUUGGAUAGAUGAUUGUAUUUCCGUAGCUGUUUAGCUGUUAUUUCCAAUUAAAAUCUGCAAUGUGAAUAUUAUAAUUGCUUCUCUAUUAUUUACAAUUUUAAUAUAAUUUUUUUAGUUUUCUCAAUGCAAAAUGGAAGUAGAGGUGAACAAUAAAUUGGAGUUGGAUACCAUGCAAAUCAUAAAUGAUAUUGUUGAAGACAUUAUACAACCUGUUCUUGAAAGUAACUCUAAGGAGUCAUUCUUAAAAUCUAGUGAGCUAUCGGCAGAAUAUAAAUUUAAAAGUUUUCCUCUAAUAACAAAAGAUUCUAGGAGCUACAAAUUUCAGCAUAAUAAGGAACAGUAUUUGAAAGGUUGUAAAUGGUCACCGGAUGGAACAUGUUUAUUAACGAGCUGUGUUGAUAAAAAAUUGAGAAUCUAUGACACUCCCAAGGAAUGUUUCUCUACAAAAUCAUGGAAUAGCAAUUCACAACUACCGGAAAUAAGUACAAGCUUAAAAGUACAAGAAGGAGGUCUGGUGUAUGACUUUGAUUGGUUUCCGCUUAUGAGCUCUUGGGAUCCAAUCUCUUGCUGUUUUCUGACUACUGCUUCUGAAGAGCCGGUGCAUCUUUGGGAUGCUUUCACAGGAGAACUCAGAGCUUCAUAUCGCUCUUAUAAUUAUGCUGAUGAAAUUUGGAAUGCAUACUCUGUUACGUUCAACUCAUCUGGGGAGAGAUUGUACUGUGGGUUCAAGGAUUCUAUAAGAAUAUUUGAUACUGCAAUACCCGGAAAAAAAUCCACUUUAAUAAAAAUAAAAGAGGUGACUGGCCAACUGGGAAUAGUGUCAUGUAUUGCUUUCAACCCUAGCUCAACUGAUUAUGCUGUGGGAACCUACGCCAAAGAAAUAGGUGUAUAUAGCGAAAAAAGUGGAACUGGAACGUGCGUAUUCCAAGGUCAUGGAGGAGGAAUAACACAUUUGAUCUUCUCACCAGAUGGCAAUAGAUUGUAUUCUGGCUCCAGGAGAGAUUCUGAGAUAGUUUGUUGGGAUGUGAGAAAUCCAGGUGCUGUGCUAUUCUCAAUGCUAAGAUCAGUCAACACUCAGCAAAGAAUUUAUUUCGAUUUGACUCCUGAUGGCUCUUCACUCGUGACCGGAAAUACUGAUGGUAGAGUGUGCAUCUUCGAUGUAACUGGUGCAGUUUCCAAUCCUGAUACGCCUUUUGAAACUCAGCUAUAUUUCAAUGCACAUAAAGACUGUUGUAAUGGUGUAAGUAUCAACCCUGUUUGCCCGGUGUUGGCGACAACGUCAGGACAACGACAUAUUCCGCAAGUGAUGAGCGACAGUGACGACAGUGAAGAUGACUUUCAGCCAGUCGGUGAUGAAGGAGACAUUUUCGUCAAGGACUCCACUAAGACAAACAUAAAAAAGCUUUUCAAUUACAACUAUUUGAAAAGAAACAUAGAAGACUGUGUCAAAUUGUGGUGGGUUGGAGAUACGGUCAUUACUGGAACAGAUGUGUAGAGCUCACAUUCAAGUUAUGGAGACUUUCAACCAAGCCUAUAUAGUACGGUAUGUAGAAUAUAUGUAUAGACGAUCCUUGUAUCGAUAAAUUUAUUACCAUUGCAUAUGGAAGGGGCCUGUGCUCUAACAUUAUUUGUAAACUAGUAUUACUUAGCCUACACUUGAAUUUGUAAUUCCCCAUUGACUAAUUAAAAGUAGUACAAACACUGAAAUAUU